AUGAAUUUUGUGAUGUAUUGUGAUACGCCGUCUAAGAAUACGGACAUCGAAAUGGGUUCAUACCGUCAAGGUUGCAGAGAGUUCGGAUGUACAUUAUCUUGUUUUGGUGAUAUUGCGGAAAUGAGUUUACCUCCUGAUUCAGUUGUCUUUGCUAUGCAUGGAUUUGACGUUAUAUCGGGAAUGGAUUGGUCUGGCUAUCACCAAUUGAAGAUUAAGGCGGAGGAUGUCUCUAGGUCAGCUUUUCGAACCAGGGUGUUUAAGGAUUAUCUGGAUAAGUUUGUAGUGGUCUUUAUAGAUGACAUUUUGUUGUACUCUAAGAGUAUGGAGGAGCAUGGAGAGCAUUUGAGGUUAGUAUUGCAAAUUCUCAGAGAAAAGAAGUUGUAUGCUAAGUUUAAGAAGUGUGAGUUCUGGUUGGAUAGUGUGGCAUUUCUUGGACAUGUAGUGUCUAAGGAUAGAAUCUUAGUAGACCCUAAAAAAGUGAUGGCAAUUGUAGAAUGGAGUCGACCUACAAAUGCUACUGAUGUUAGAAGCUUCCUUGGAUUGGCUGGUUACUAUUGGAGGUUUGUGGGAGGAUUUUCUAGCAUUGCAAUGCCGAUGACUAAAUUGACCAGAAAAGGUGCUAAGUUUGAGUGGACUGAUGAAUGUGAGAAAAGUUUUAAAGAGUUGAAGGAACGUCUCACUUCAGCUAAUGGGGUAACUGUUCCUGAUGGGAGUGGAGGAUUCACUAUAUAUAGUGAUGCUUCGAAGAAAGGUUUGGGUUGUGUUUUGAUGCAAAAUGGAAAAGUUGUGGCUUAUGCUUCAAGGCAACUUAAACCUUAUGAGCGAAAUUAUCCUACACAUGACCUGAAACUUGCAGCAGUAGUGUUUGCUCUCAAAAUUUGGAGGCAUUACUUGUGUGGUGAGAAGUGUGAGAUUUUCACUGAUCACAAGAGUUUGAAGUAUAUCUUCACUCAGAAGGAAAUUAACAUGAGGCAACGAAGAUGGAUGGAGUUGUUGAAGGACUAUGAUUUAACUAUAAGUUAUGAUCCUAGAAAGGAAAAUGCUGUGGUUGAUGCGUUGAGUAGGAAGAACCAUGGUAGUCUUGCAGCUCUUCUUACUUCUCAAAGGUCCAUUUUGGAUGAUUUGAGGAGGAUGGAGAUUGGAGUUAGGAAAUAUGGCAAUGAAGGGAUGUUAGCUAGUUUGAGAAUUCAACCUACGUUGAUUGAGAGGAUUAAGGAGGCACAAUUGGUUGAUUCAGCACUUCAAAAGGUCCGAGCUAAUAUUGAAACAAGUGCUCCGUCUGAUUUUAGAAUCCAUAAUAAUGGUUCUUUGAGAUUUGGUGAUAGGUUGUGUGUUCCUAAUGAUGUAGAAAUAAAGAAAGUGAUUUUAGAUGAAGCACAUUAUUCUGGUUAUACUGUGCAUCCUGGUGGGACUAAGAUGUAUAUGGAUUUGAAGGAGACUUAUUGGUGGAACAACAUAAAGAUGGAGAUUGGUGAAUUUGUUGGUUAUUCAUUGGAGAAGUUAGCUGCUUUGUAUGUUCGAGAGAUUGUUAGGUUGCAUGGGGUGCCUAUGUCAAUUGUUUCUGAUCGCGAUUCAAGAUUUGUGGCUGAGUUUUGGGGAAGUCUUCAUAAAGCCUUAGGUACGAAGUUGAACUUUAGCACUGCUUUUCAUCCCCAAACUGAUGGACAAUCAGAGGGAACCAUUCAGAUUCUCGAAGAUAUGUUGAGGGCAUGUGCCAUUGAUAUGAAGGGUGCUUGGGAUGACCACUUACCUUUAGUGGAGUUUGCUUAUAACAAUAGUUAUCAGGCGAGUAUCCAGAUGGCUCCAUAUGAAGCUUUGUAUGGGAGGAAGUGUAGAUCGCCAGUGUGUUGGGAUGAAAGUCGACAAAAGAGUUAUACAGAUAUUAGACGAAGUACAUUGGAGUUUGAUGUGGGUGAUCAUGUAUUCUUGAAAGUUUCACCAACCAAGGGAGUGAUGAGAUUUGGAGUACGUGGGAAGUUAAGCCCUAGAUUUGUUGGUCCUUUUGAAAUCUUGGAGAAAGUUCGAGAAGUAGCCUAUCGGCUAGCUUUGCCUCCAUUAUUGUCUGGUGUGCAUAAUGUGUUCUGUGUGUCGAUGUUGAGAAAGUUUACUCCUUAUCCUAAUCAUGUGAUUGAAUUGGCACCUUUACCACUUAGGGAAGACUUGUCUUAUGAUGAAUAA